UCGAGGCAGGAGGUACAAUUCGGCUACAAAAACGGUCAUAAAAACCGGUUCAGAGUUUAAUUUUUUUAUUUAUUUAAAUCAGUGCAUAUAUAUUGUAUGUGUAGAAGUUGUGUGGUAAAAAAUCUGUGCAAAAAAUUAAAAGUUAAACCAAAUAAAUAAGAUAGAAGUGUGUGGUUGCAUUUUUUGGCCAUUGGUUAAAUCUGUUUGGAAAAGUGGUGUGUGUUGGGAAUAAAUAGUGGAUAAGUUUUUGAAAAAGAUUCAAUUACUACCUUUGUCAAAAUGUCAGGUACAUGUCUAAACCAAAAACCAGAACCAACAGUCGACUUCAUAAGACCAGAUCAACCCUCAAGAUGCACCUGGUCCUACAAAACAACAAAUGGGCAAGAUAAAAUAUCAAAUUCUUCUGGUCCAAAAGACAACCCACAUACUGUACGUCUGUACCCUGAAAGGCCAAAAAUAAUGCCUGAUGUCCUUUGGGCCAUUGGCCAUACACCUUUGGUGAGAUUGAACAAAAUCCCAAAAGCUUAUGGUAUCAAGUGUGAAAUGCUGGUGAAGUGUGAAUAUUUGAAUCCUGGAGGAAGUGUUAAGGACAGAAUCGCCUACAGGAUGAUUCAAGAUGCAGAAGACAAAGGCCUCAUCAAACCAGGUUAUACGAUUAUAGAGCCCACAUCAGGUAAUACAGGCAUAGGUUUGGCCAUGGCCAGUGCUGUCAAGGGCUACAGGUGCAUCAUAGUAAUGCCUGAAAAAAUGUCUAAUGAAAAAGUGGAUGCACUCAGAGCUUUGGGAGCUGAAAUCAUCAGGACACCUACUGAAGCUGCAUUUGAUUCACCCGAAGGACUCAUCAGAGUUGCACAAAGGCUUAACAAGGAGAUUCCUAACAGUAUUGUUUUGGAUCAAUACAGAAAUUCUGGUAACCCUUUGGCACAUUAUGAUGGAACUGCAGAGGAGAUUAUUGAACAAUGUGGAGGACAACUGGAUAUGGUGGUUUGCGGAGCUGGUACAGGAGGUACUGUUAGUGGUAUCGGCAGGAAAAUUAAGGAAAAAUGUCCGAACUGCAUUGUUGUCGGAGCAGAUCCUGAAGGCUCAAUAUUGUCCAGGCCAGAAGAACUGAAUGAAACUGACGUUACGUUCUACGAAGUCGAAGGAAUCGGUUAUGACUUUAUACCAACUGUCCUCGAUCACCAAGUGGUAGAUCGUUGGGUCAAAUCCAACGACAAAGAAGCCCUUCCUUUAGCCAGAAAGUUGAUCAAAGACGAAGGUCUUCUAUGUGGUGGAAGUUCUGGUACAGCUUUGGCUGUAGCUUUAAAAGCUGCCAAAGAUUUGAACAAAAACCAACGUUGUGUUGUGGUUUUACCAGAUGGCAUCAGAAACUACAUGACCAAAUUCGUCUCCGACAACUGGAUGGAAGCUAGAGACCUCCUAGAAACCAAAUCCGACGCACAACACUGGUGGUGGGAUUUGAAGGUAUCGAGUUUGGAGUUGAAAGCACCACUUACUGUAGGUCCUAAUGUCACUUGCCAAAAGGCCAUAAGUCUGAUGACCCAACAAGGUUAUGACCAACUACCGGUUGUGAAAGAAGGUGACGUCAUUGUGGGUAUGGUAACUAUGGGUAACUUGAUGAACAGGAUAGUUGGUCUUAAGAACAAACCACAAGAUCCAGUCGAAAAGGCUUUGUACAAGCAAUUUAGGAAGAUUACUUUAGAUACUACACUUGGACGUGUUUCCAGGAUUUUGGAAAAGGAGCCUUUCCUCGUUGUAGUGCACAACCAAAGACAGUACUCUUCAGAUAAAUCGGCACAAGAUCGUGAGGUCAUCAUCGGAAUCAUCAGUAAUAUGGAUUUGUUGAAUUAUAUUAUGAAAAAUGGACAAACUGUUUAAGAUAGUUCUAGACUAGAUUUUUAUACAUAUUUGUUAACAGUUGUUUUUGAUAAUUUGUAAAUAAAGAUCAUAAAUUCAUACAAAGGAGUUUGAAUUUGAGAACAAAAUUAUUAUUAAAAGGCACACCC